CUUGUUUCAAUCACUUCACAAAUCCUAUCAUUAAAUGACAACUCAUUUAAUGAUUACAAACAAUGAGUGUUUGUCUCACAAAGUCGUUGAUUAAGAGUUGGCUGUCAAUCACAUCCGCAAACAAGUUGUCCAUCAGAUCGACCAAUGUUUGCCUCAAUACUCACAGAUUUGUGUCUUUGCGUCCAAACAGCGAAUCGACGGCUGAGGACCAGAUAAUCGAUGUCCAGAAGUAUAGGGAAGAGCAUGGGAUCCAGUGUUUCGGUGACUCAAUCCCGGAUCCGAUCCAUUCGUUUGAUUGCUAUAAAUGGCCGCAAAUGUUGGACAAACGGAUCCAGUCGUUGGACUUACGGACGCCGACACCCAUUCAGUCGCAGUCACUGCCCAUCAUCUUCUCGGGCAGGGAUUUGGUGGCCAUCGCUAACUCCGGCUCCGGAAAGACCCUCUGCUUUGUGCUGCCGGCGCUCAUGCGGACGUUGUCGGCAGGUCUGGACCAUUGGCCCAAAUGUCUGGUACUGACGCCCACUCGUGAGUUGACUCAUCAGGUCGAGCGAGUGGUCAAACAGUUCCGAUUCGUGCGCUCUGUGUGUCUGUACGGCGGCGUCUCCUACGAGGUACAGGAGAUGCUGCUAAAGCGGGCCAACCCUCACAUAGUGAUCGCCACACCGGCGCGGAUGCACUCGAUUCUGGAGAAAGGGAUCGCAAAACUCGAGUUCAUUGACUUCAUUGCCGUCGACGAGGCCGACCUUAUGCUGCAAAUGGGAAUGGGAUCUCAUUUUAAUGACAUAAUGACCGCUUUGCCUCAAAAGCGACAGACCCUCAUGUUGUCGGCCACGUGGCCCCCAGAGGUGCAACACUUAGCCGACCGGUUCCUCAAGAACUACAUUCACGUCAGUGUCUCAAAGACCCGAUCCUUGGAAUCGUUGACUUUAAACAAGAAUAUCCAACAAUUGGUGAAAGUGUGCAAAGAGUCCGAGAAAGACGAGAAACUCAUGGAAUAUAUGAAUGAAUUCAUUCCAACCAUCUCUGGAUUCUUGAAGACAAUCAUUUUUGUGCGACACAAGAGAACUGCCGAUCGUUUGGUACGAGUGCUGAAGAGGGACUCCUUUCCGGCCCGCGCUCUCCACUCGGAUAAAGAGCAAAACGAAAGGGAUUUUGUUAUCAGAGAAUUCAGAAAGGGAUCCAUUCCUAUAUUGGUCGCCACUGAAGUAGCCUCCAGAGGGUUAGAUUUCAAAGACGUCCGACUCGUCCUUAAUUAUGAUUUUCCAUCAAAAAUGGAAGACUAUAUCCACAGAAUCGGUAGAACCGGUAGACAUAAGGAUAAGGGAACCGCAUUGACCUUAUUUACAGCCAAAAAUAUUUGUCACAAGGAAUCGCUUAUACAACUGUUGACAGAAUCCGGACAACAAAUUGACCAAAACUUACGUGAUUUGAGUGAAGAGUCUGAUCCGCCGGAAGCGACCCCUUCUUCAACCGAAGAUUCCGGUUAUGAGAGUUCCGGUGAAUACGACUCCGACAGCGACAACGAGUCCAAAGAUUGGGCGUCAGAUAAAUCAGACGACGAAAAGAGUAAAAAUAAGUCAUGAAAACGAUGUCAAAUCAAGUAAACCAUAUCUUAACUCAUAUAUACUUUUGAAUAAAUUAUAAAAUUAAUUUAAAACGAAAAUA